CCUGUCCAAACUCGGCGGCUCGGGACUUUUCCUCUGUGGGUUGAUUGCGGAAGGAAUCGGACGGAAGGACAGAGGACAACUUGCACGUUUGCACGCCUGUGGCAGGCUUCAAAAUGUCCAACGUAAGGUGUUUAGACGACUGGCGUUUGUCUAGAAGUCAGUUUUGACCGCUAAACUUUGGAUUCUGGUGAUUCUCCCGUGCUGCUUGGAUUGUGAGUUUUGGUCCAUCAUGAAGACUAAGCCUUGAGAAGAAGACAUGGGUUCUGCUCGGAGAGUUUGGCUGUUCCUUCUUCUGAAACCCGAAGAACUCAACUCUGGAAAUGAUGCUGUAAAUCUCAGAGUUUCAUAUCUGUAAGUAAAUUCUAGUACAGGAGAAUCAGGAUGAAAAGAUGGCAGCCAUGCUGUUACCAACGGGUCCUGAUGGCUUGCGGCGGUUCACUCGCGAAUCCUUGGCUGCGCUGGAGCAGCGGAUUGCGGAGGAGCAGGCCAAGAACGCCAAGGAUUGCCAUGAGACUUACAGGAACGCAGAGCCACCCAAACCCAGGGCCGACCUGGAAGCAGGAAAGCAGCUGCCGCGCAUCUUCGGUGACAUCCCUCCAGAACUUAUCGGGGUGCCACUGGAGGACAUUGAUCCGUUUUACUACAAGAACAAGAGGACUUUUAUAGUACUUAACAAAGGGAAGGCCAUCUUCAGAUUCAGUGCCACAUCUGCACUUUACAUAUUAAGUCCAUUUCACUUCAUCAGAUCAAUCGCCAUAAAAAUUUUAGUCCAUUCAUUGUUUAGCCUGUUCAUAAUGUUCACCAUACUGACCAACUGUUUCUUCAUGGCCAUGUCUGAUCCGGCACCAUGGACCAAGUACCUGGAGUAUACUUUCACUGGCAUUUACACUUUCGAGUCGGCGAUAAAGAUGUUUGCGAGAGGAUUCUGUAUAGUGCCGUUCACCUUCUUGAGAGAUCCAUGGAACUGGCUGGACUUCACUGUCAUUGUCAUGGCAUAUGUGACAGAGUUUGUAGACCUCGGAAACGUCUCAGCAUUAAGAACCUUCAGAGUACUACGAGCCCUGAAAACCAUCUCAGUUAUUCCAGGUCUGAAGACCAUUGUCGGCGCUUUGAUCCAGUCUGUGAGGAAGCUGGCAGACGUGAUGAUCCUGACCGUCUUCUGCCUCAGCGUGUUCGCCCUCAUCGGCCUGCAGCUUUUCAUGGGGCUGCUGCGACAAAAGUGCAUCCGCAGCUUCGCACACUGCAUCAACUCCUCCUACAGCUCCAACGCAUCCUUCAUCUGCAACAACAGAACCUGGAGCUCCAGGGCGGACUUCCUCAGCAGCGAAGAUAAUUUUUAUAAAGUUGAAGGAGCAAAGGAUGCCUUAAUAUGUGGAUAUGGAAGCGAUGCAGGGAAGUGUCCAGAUGGAUUUGACUGCCUAAAAGUAGGGAGGAAUCCAAACUAUGGCUAUACUAGUUUUGAUACCUUCGGCUGGGCUUUCCUGGCCCUCUUUCGACUCAUGACACAAGACUACUGGGAAAAACUGUUUCAACAGACGCUGCGCUCAGCAGGGAAGACCUACAUGGUUUUCUUUGUGCUGGUUAUCUUCCUGGGCUCCUUCUACCUGGUCAACCUCAUCCUGGCUGUAGUGGCCAUGGCCUAUGAGGAGCAGAAUCAGGCAACCAUCGCUGAGGCCUGGCAGAAGGAGAGGGAGUUUCAGCUGGCUAUGGAGCACCUUCGCAGUGAGCAAAGAUUGGCAGCAAAAAGACAAGCACAGGAUACAGACUCAGUGUUGUCCCCAGAGCUGUCUCCAUUUUGUCUGAAGACAGGCGGCAUACGUCGAAGCAGCAGCAGAAGAAGAAGAUCGCACAGAACGUUGUCAGAAGAAACAGCAGAGGAAGCUGCUGAAGAAAAGUUUGACCCACUGGAUGAGCCAAUGCCUCCUCUGUCUCCCCUUCCAGUCCACCCUCUGCUGGCCACUCUCUCCUCUCACCCCCUCAGCACCAGGAGAGGAAGCCAGAACAGCAUCUUCAGCUCUUUCCGGGCGCGCAACAACUCGGAGGCUGACUUAGGGGAUGAUGAGUACAGCAUUCAUGGGGACGCCUUCAGGAGUCGCACCAGUUCAACAGCAACACCCUGGAAGAGAAGGACGGGCAGCGUGCGGAGCCACUGCUCCCAAAUCUUCACUCCCAGCCUCAACGUCAAUGGCCGCCUAAACAUCUCCCUAGAUCAGAAUGGAGUCACCACUCUGGGCCUACAUACUCCCACUUCCAUGCCUGCUUACAGCAUGGAGAGGAUCAGGGAAGACACAAAGCCCACCAGUGCGGAGGACACGGUUCCCAGACAUCUCCUUCAGCCUUCCCCGACAGUGACCGAGCCUCCUCCAGUGCACAGGAAAAGAGGGCUGAGCUCUGUCAGCUUCCUCAGCGAUGCCAUGGAUGAGCUGGAAGAGUCGAGGCAAAAGUGCCAUCCCUGCUGGUACACAUUCGCCAAGAAGUACCUGAUAUGGGACUGCUGCCCGUGGUGGCUGAAGAUGAAGGAGUGGGUGAAGUUCAUGGUGAUGGAUCCUUUCCUGGAUCUGGGUAUCACCAUAUGCAUUGUGCUGAACACCCUCUUCAUGGCCCUGGAGCACUACCCCAUGACUGAUGAGUUCAACACGAUGCUUUCAGUGGGCAAUCUGGUGUUCACAGGGAUCUUUACAGCUGAGAUGGUGCUGAAGCUGAUUGCCAUGGACCCCUACUACUACUUUCAACAGGGCUGGAAUAUCUUUGACGGCGUAAUUGUUUGCCUCAGUCUGAUGGAGUUGGGUCUCUCCAAUGUAGAGGGGCUGUCUGUCUUGCGAUCUUUCAGACUGUUGCGAGUCUUCAAACUGGCAAAAUCCUGGCCCACUCUCAACACUCUCAUCAAGAUCAUCGGGAACUCGGUGGGCGCCCUGGGAAACCUGACGCUGGUGUUGGCCAUCAUCGUCUUCAUCUUCGCCGUGGUGGGCAUGCAGCUGUUUGGCAAGAACUACCAGGACUGUGUGUGUAAGAUCGCCAUUGACUGUCAGCUGCCUCGCUGGCACAUGAAAGAUUUCUUCCACUCCUUCUUGAUCGUGUUCCGGGUGCUGUGUGGCGAAUGGAUCGAGACCAUGUGGGACUGUAUGGAAGUGGCCGGACAGCCCCUCUGUAUACUGGUGUUCAUGUUGGUCAUGGUCAUAGGGAACUUGGUGGUGUUGAAUCUUUUUCUGGCCCUGCUGCUCAGCUCCUUCAGCUCCGACAACCUCUCUGCUCCAGACGAGGACGGCGAUUUGAACAACAUUCAGAUCGCCAUCGCCCGCAUCAAUGCCGGUGUCUCCUGGCUCGUCACAAGCGUCAUCGACCUCUUCAACCGCAGCUUAAAGCGUCGAAAGCAGAAGGCCAAAGAAGCCGGUCAGGCCAUCAAGCUGGUUGGAAAUCAUGUGGAAAGCAAUGGGGGAAUAUUUGGACGCUAUGGAGAGAAGUACAUCAUACCAGAGGAGGACAGCUACAUGACAAACCCGAACUUGACUGUCAUUGUUCCCAUCGCACCCGGAGAGUCAGAUGUGGAAUUUCUCGAGGAGGAGGAGAUUUCUGAGUCAUCAGAAGAUGAAGACAACAAACCGGAGGAGAUCAGCCUAUCAGAGGGCAGCACGGUGGAUCUGAGGAAGCCUGGAGAUGAGCUGGACAACUUAUCAGAGCUGGCUGAAGAGAGUAUGGAGCCGGAGGAAUGCUUCCCAGAAUUGUGCACGAGGCACUGUCAGUGCUGUGACAUCGAUACCAGCCGUGGUUUGGGCCAGGCCUGGUGGAGGCUGAGGAAGACCUGCUACCAGAUCGUGGAACACAGCUGGUUUGAGACGUUCAUCAUCUUCAUGAUCCUGCUCAGCAGUGGGGCUCUGGCAUUUGAAGAUAUCUACAUUGAGAAGAGAAAAGUCGUAAAGGUGGUGUUGGAGUCUGCCGACAAGGUCUUCUCCUACAUCUUUGUGCUGGAGAUGUUCCUCAAGUGGAUCGCAUACGGCUUCAAGAAAUAUUUCACCAACUACUGGUGCUGGCUCGACUUUCUUAUCGUGGAUAUUUCCACAGACCGCUCUAUUGUUAGGGUGUCCUUGAUAAGCCUGGUAGCAAAUUCACUGGGAUAUUCUGACUUUGCUGCAAUAAAGUCCCUGAGGACCCUGCGGGCUUUAAGACCUCUCAGAGCUCUGUCCAGAUUUGAGGGCAUGCGGGUGGUCGUGAACGCUCUUAUAGGAGCCAUCCCCUCCAUUAUGAAUGUGCUGCUCGUGUGUCUUAUCUUCUGGCUCAUCUUCAGCAUCAUGGGGGUCAACCUGUUCGCCGGCAAGUUCGGGAAGUGUGUGAACAGAACAGGCUUCAUCCACAGUGUCACUGUAGUCAACAACAAGUCAGAGUGCCUCGCUAUGAAUGACACCCAGUUCUACUGGACAAAAGUGAAGGUCAACUUCGACAACGUGGGACUUGGCUACCUUUCCCUUCUGCAAGUGGCUACAUUCAAAGGGUGGAUGGAAAUAAUGCAUGCAGCUGUUGAUUCAAGAGGAGUGGAGGAACAACCCAUCAGAGAAAUCAACCUCUACAUGUACCUAUACUUUGUCGUCUUCAUCAUAUUCGGCUCCUUCUUCACCCUCAAUCUCUUCAUCGGUGUCAUUAUUGACAAUUUCAAUCAGCAGAAAAGAAAGUUAGGUGGACAGGAUAUCUUCAUGACUGAAGAACAGAAGAAGUACUAUAACGCUAUGAAGAAGUUAGGAUCUAAAAAGCCUCAAAAGCCAAUACCAAGGCCUGGGAACAUUCUCCAAGCCUUCUUCUUCGAUCUUGUGUCCAAGCAAGCCUUUGACAUCAUGAUCAUGAUGCUCAUCAUCGUCAACAUGGUGACCAUGAUGGUGGAAACCGAUGAGCAGUCAGAGCGCAUGGAGUCCAUCCUCAACAAGAUCAACCUAGUCUUCAUCGUGAUCUUCACCACCGAAUGCCUGAUCAAGAUCUUUGCCCUCCGUUGUUAUUUCUUCACAGUUGCAUGGAACAUCUUUGAUUUUGUGGUGAUAAUUCUCUCUAUUGUGGGAAUUGUUCUUGCAGACAUCAUUGAGAAGUACUUUGUAUCUCCAACCCUGUUUCGAGUCAUCAGACUGGCAAGGAUAGGACGUGUACUUCGACUUAUACGUGCAGCCAAAGGAAUAAGGACUCUACUGUUUGCCUUAAUGAUGUCCAUGCCAGCACUGUUCAACAUUGGCCUCCUGCUUUUCCUUGUCAUGUUUAUCUAUGCUAUCUUCGGUAUGGCAAACUUUGCCUACGUGAAAAAACAAGAUGGGGUUGACGACAUGUUUAACUUUGAGACCUUUGGGAAUAGUAUGAUCUGCCUUUUUCAGAUCAGCACCUCGGCAGGUUGGGACAACCUCCUGAGUCCUAUAAUGGCCAGCUCCCCAGAAGAGUGCGACGUUAACUUUGUCAACACUGGCACUAACACCCGGGGAAACUGUGGCAGCCCCUCAGUGGGCAUAGCUUUCUUUGUCAGUUACAUAAUCAUUUCUUUCCUCAUUGUGGUAAAUAUGUAUAUAGCUAUCAUUCUUGAGAACUUCAGCGUUGCCACAGAGGAGAGUACAGAGCCACUGAGCGAGGAUGACUUUGAAAUGUUUUAUGAGGUUUGGGAGAAGUUUGAUUCUGAGGCCACACAGUUCAUUGAGUUUUCCAUGCUGUCAAUCUUCGCUGACACUUUGUCGGAGCCGCUGCGCAUAGCCAAGCCCAACAGGAUCAAGCUGAUCUCCAUGGACCUUCCCAUGGUCAGCGGGGAUAGGAUCCACUGCCUGGACAUCCUGUUUGCCUUCACAAAGCGUGUCCUGGGUGAGUCGGGUGAGAUGGACGCCCUCAAGCAGCAAAUGGAGGAGAAGUUCAUGAUGACCAACCCCUCCAAGAUCUCCCACGAGCCCAUCACUUCCACACUGCGCCGCAAACUGGAGGAGGUGUCCGCAAUCAUCAUCCAGAGGUGUUACAGGAGGCAUCUGGUGCGCCGGCAGAUGAAGCAGGCAUCCUACCUCUACAGACAAAUAAACUACGAGACUGUAGUGGAUGUGGAGAAUGCUCCAGAAACUGAGGGACUGAUAGCCUCCAUGAUACAGCACUAUGGACCUGUGGGGGUGGAGGUUGUACAGACAACAGAGGACACUUUAAUGUCCUCACCACCAUCUUAUGAAAGUGUGACCAGGGCAGCCAGUGACCUCUCUGAGGUCGUCAGAUCAAUAUCCAGAGACUCUGAACUCGGGGAGCCUGGUGAAAACUAUGAGGAAACUUUUCUUUGAGACUCGAUCGUGUGGAGAGUGUUUGUGUGGUUUUUGUCUGUUUUGUUUACAGCAGAAAAUAUAGCUCAAAAUAGCUCAUGGUCAAAGAGAUGAACUUUUUUAUGUAAUAGCAGAUACCAAGGAAAUAUGCAAUAUUUUUAUGUAACUCACAGCCUCUGCUCUAAUUGAACAACCCAGAAGUCAAUUUUGUUACACAGUCACAACCUCCAUGAGAGGAGGAGGACUCUAAAGUUAAACUUGUCCUCGCACAGUCUUGAAAAUGAACAUUUGGCAGAUAAUAUCAAGUUUAUAACAUCAAGAUUAAAAAAAAGAUGUUUUUAUGUAUACCUAUAUAAAACAUGAAUAACACAUGGGCUUACAUGUGUUACAUACAUUCACUCAAAAUGCCACAUGAUCUGAAGUUUUUUUUUUAACAUAUCAGUAAACACUGGACAUCAACUUCACCACAGGACACCUUUGUGAAUAUUAAAUUCUUAUUUAUAAUUUUCAGAAAUAUAUAUAAUAAUAUGUAUAAAACGUGCGGCGCAAUAUUUUUAGGAAUGUUUUUUCAGACAUUAUACAACUGUACAACAAACACAAAGUGUUUCAUAGGCAUAAUGGAACAAGUCGUCUUCUUGGACCUGUGGUAUUUGUCCAAAUUCAGUCAUUUUGCCACUCCUAGAAAUGUUGAUUGUUGUUAGCUCAAUAGCAGACUAGCUAAUUAGUUACAAUCACUGAAAUGAUUUUACAACAGUUGACAUUAGUUUAUAUUAAUCUGUUUUUGUUGCAAAAACUCCUCAUCACUUGUACAGUGAAGUUUGUAUCAGAAGCAAAAUAUCACCUCAAGGCCGAGGACAAGAGAGACACUAAACAAAUAAAAUCCGGUUCACCUAAUUGACCACAGACAACAGAAGGGGACACAGACCUACACAAUAGCCUGCAAACAAAAAGAAAGAGAGACAUUUUUAAAAGAGGGCUCUAAAAGAAUUAUUUUCAUUGGCAGAAGUAGCUAAAAAAGUAAAGUAGCUAACAAAAACCAAAUUCAGCUAAACAUUAGCUACAUUUCUUACACGAAACAGCAUUUGAGAGUUUGUAAGAACAGAUCCAAGCAGUUGUAAUUACUAACCUGUGUUUGUGACAAAAAAAUAUUUAGGAAAAAAUAUAUUUGUGUGAGAAAACGUUCUGCAGGUUUUUCACAUUUUCUACAUAUCCAAAUUAUUUUGUGCACAUAUCCAGAUGUUUUGAUACUGAUACAAAUUCCACUCUCAGAGGCUUUGAAACACUUUUACUGCUGUGUGGCUGUCUGGUUCACCAACAUAGCCGUGCAGUUCAUAAACCAAUAGGCCGGCAAGGUAAAAUCAGACUGAGAAUAUUGAGCAGCACACACUUCUGACCAAACAUUUCCCAAUAAGCUACUAUACUGUAGCUAGCAGGCUAUAUUGCCAACUAAUGUUGACAUGAGGGGUGAAUUUGCAUUUAUGACUGUAGCUGCUAUGAAGCUCUUAUUCAGGUGUUACUAAAGCCUCAUUUCCACUGCAUGGUACGGCUCGGCUCGACUCGACUCGCUUUUGGCACCAGGUACUUUUCUCAAUUUCGUUUUCCACUGCAGAUAGUACCCACUCAAUGUAGGCUGAAUUCUUAGUAGAUUGUCAUAGUGAUGCCGCGUGAAACUGCAGUGACAUCAACUUCAACGCAAGACAAAGGGAACAGGAACUUUCACUGGAUCCUUUCAUCUGCAACCAUGCAGAGGAACGUCUGCACUUCGUCAAUUGACCACGGCAUGGCUGCCAUUUUUAAAAAUCUGGGUCAAGUGAAUAAAAAAAUUGCAGUUGGUAUUGAUGGUCGCUUGGGUAUUUAAAAAUGGUGGGUUUGUGACGCAAGUGACAAUUCUAGUGAAGAUUCUCUCAGACCAAUCAGUGGUCUGCAGUAUUUUAACUCCACCUUUUAGUAUCUGCGAUACCAAAAAAAGUACCAAUUACUAUCCACAAAUGUUGCCAAUGGAAACCAAACGAACGGUUCCAAGCGAGCCGAGUCGAGCCGUACCAUACAGUGGAAAUGAGGCAUAGUAUAAUUUUAACCAAAGCGGAUAUUUGCUCAUAAAAUUUUCCUAUUUAAAUUUUAACAUUUUAAAAUGUAAGAAAAAACACAUGAAUUAAAGCUAGGGUAGGUAAUGUGUUUCAGAAGCAUUUUUUGUUAUAUUUGUUGAAAUUCUCUUUACAUCCCGACAGCAAUGAGUAAAUCAAAUGCUCUGAAAUUUAUUUUUUAAAUAUCUGAUAUCUGUGGCUGUCGCAGGCCUGUAAUAAGCCUUUCCAAUCAUUUUAUGAAAUGAUUGGCUGGCCUACCUGGGUGGCCUACCUGCCUAUCUACCUGCGCACACUCUGCCCCUGCACUCAUUGCGCAUGAAAAUGUGAUUGAGGGAGUGGCUUUGGAGGGAGGCCUGAAGGGCGGGGGUGGGAUUUCUUCGGUUGGAUACUCAAAAUCUAGCUGUCUCUUGCCAGUUUCUCCAACGUUACCCUAGCUUUAAAAAUAAGAAUUUCUAAUGUUUGGGAUGGGGUUUUUUUGUAUUAGUUGUGUGAUCAAUGAAAUGAUUUCUUGAAAUGCACUUUGAUUGAGUUGCUUUAUACUGUAUGUGAUAAUAGAGAUAUGGACCCUGGUUAAAAUAAAGUGCAUUCAGGUAAUGGCACAAACACAUGAAGAAAAGCACAAUUUCUUGUUAUCUUAUUGUUCAGUAUAUACUACUACUACUAUGAAGAAACAUACUGUAAUGUUUCUUAUGUGAAAAACUACAAUUUCUACGGCAAUUACUUAUUUACUCAAAUAAAGCACAUUACAGGUUUAACUUGUAUCGAUUACAUAGAAGGGCUAUAGUAUAUAAUCCCUGAAUUAUGUGCCUGAUUUUGAUUGUUGUCCGCACAACUCUCUGAAUCUCUUUAGACCCUUUAAUUUGAUCUGAUGGAUGUGGAUUGGAAGAGCAUGAAUGCACUGAAAGCUCAUUUUGUAAUUAACUGUGUAAACAACUUUGAGGCUGUGUAAUGUAUGUAAAGCUAAUUUUUACCUAUUUUUUGUAAUGUAUUUAUAUUGAAAGACCAUUUCAGUGACUCUCAUGAUGGCCAUAACAAGAUAUGAUCAAAUUAUAUAAAUAUACUGUGUUCAUUUUUAUAUAAACGACUUUCCUUGAGAACCUGAUGGCUGUAUUGCAUUUAGGUUGCUCAUUUCAUGGAUUGUUUUAUUAAAUGGUAAUAAAACUCUUUUCCAUA